AUGUCCAAGCGAGCCGCCGACGCUUCUGAAGAGCAGGACACCGCUCUCAAGGCCGGAGAACGGCCGGUCGCUGAGGCGCCCCCGGACGAAGUGGGGGAGUUCGAGGAUGAGUUCGAAGAUGAAUUCGAGAGCGAGGAUGAGAUUCUGGAGGCUGGCGUCGAUGGACGCCCGGAUGCCGAGCGUGAAGAGGAAGAGAAGGAUGCCAUGGAGGUCGACCAGCAGACAUUCAUUCCCGGAAGAACGAAACUGGCCCCCGGAGAGGUGCUUUCGCCUGACCCCUCUACCUACGACAUGCUACACACCCUCACCACCCCCUGGCCCUGUCUUUCGUUUGAUAUCGUCCGCGAUUCCUUGGGCGACAACCGCAAAACCUACCCCGCGACGGUCUAUGCAGUGACGGGUACACAGGCCGAGGGCAGUCGGGCGAAGGAGAAUGAACUCAUGGUGCUGAAGAUGAGCGGUCUUAGCAAGAUGGAGAAGGAGAACGAAACAGACUCGGAAAGCGACUCGGAUUCGGACGACGAUAUGGGUGAACCCAUCCUGGAACACCGGAGCAUCCCUCUGCCGUCCACCACCAACCGCAUUCGCGCCCACCAGACUCCCUCCCAAUCGGGCGAUUACUCCAAACCCCCGCAGACUAUCACCGCGACCAUGCUCGAAAACUCCCAAGUUGUCAUCCACGACGUCACGCAACACCUCACCAGCUUCGAUGUCCCCGGCACCAUGAUCCCCCCGUCAGCUUCGAAGCCUUUGUCCACUCUGCGCAUGCACAAGUCGGAAGGAUACGCCCUGGACUGGUCGCCCCUCCAACCGCUCGGCAAGCUGCUCACUGGUGACAACGAUGGUCUGAUCUACGUGACAACGCGCACAGAAGGAGGUGGCUGGGUGACGGAUACGCGGCCAUUCACGGGCCACUCUUCGUCGGUUGAGGAGCUGCAGUGGUCGCCGAAUGAGCGCAAUGUGUUUGCUUCCGCCAGUAGUGAUGGUACCGUCAAGGUUUGGGAUGUGCGGUCCAAGUCACGCAAGCCCGCCGUGGACGUCAAGGUCUCCAACACGGACGUCAACGUGAUGACCUGGUCGAACCAGACUUUCCAUCUCCUCGCGACGGGUGCCGACGACGGUCAGUGGGCUGUCUGGGAUCUGAGACAUUGGAAGCCGAAUGCCUCUGCGCCGUCGGCCCAGCUCAAGCCCUCUCCGGUCGCCGCAUUUGACUUCCACCGCGAGCCUGUCACCAGUAUCGAAUGGCACCCGACCGACGACAGUGUCGUCGCGGUGGGUUCGGCUGAUAACACUGUCACCCUGUGGGAUUUAGCGGUGGAAUUGGACGAGGAAGAGAGCCGCGAGGCGGGUAUGUCCGACGUGCCGCCGCAAUUGCUGUUCGUGCACUACAUGGAGUCGGUGAAGGAGGUCCACUGGCAGGCCCAGAUGCCGGGUACAGUCAUGGCCACGGGUAGUGGUGGAUUUGGUGUGUUCAAGACCAUCAGUGUUUAG